AUGUCAACCAAUUCACAACAACGACGAACUUCGGCACCUAGUUUAAGGGUGUUGACACCAAGAAAAAAUUCCAAUGCCGCCGUGGAAGAAUCUUUGAAAACCUACAAACUGUUGGAAGCGCUCCGCUCAGGCGACACAGCUGCACUCAGUACAAUCCUACUAACAUACCAAUCAUCCACUCCUUCUUCACCUGCCUCUUCUAUCUCUCAAUCGUACUCACAAACUGGAAUUUCUGCUUCACCUCUUCUGUUGGCUACUCAAUGUGCCUCCUAUCAGACUAUAGAAUUUAUAAUCAAUAAUCAUCUCGAUAAAAUUGACAUCAACCAUCAAGAUCAUCGGGGAAACACAGCGUUGCAUUAUGCAUCCCAGAUGGGGAGGAUUGAUGUGUGUGAAUUGUUGUUGAAACAGAAAAACAUCAAUGAUGCGGUGCGGAACGGCGAGGGAAAGCAGGCGAUAGAUAUUGCCAAAAACCAAUCUAUAGCGGAUUUUUUGGAUGAAAAUCGCACAAAAUACGUUGAAGAAAUUUCCCAACUCUUUCGAACAUAUGUAUCCGAUUCUAAUUAUGUCGGCAUCCAAUUUUUGUUUCAAGAUCCUCGUGCUUCAUCAUUGAUUGAUAUAAAUCUGCCGAGUUCGUCGGGAUCGACAUUGUUGCACGAUGCUGCAAAGAAGAAAGACCUGGAAAUGGUCAAGUUUUGUUUGAAUCACGGAGCAGACGUGUCUAUACGCGAUCGAAAACGAAAGGUGGCAGCUGACCUUACCAAGGAUGAGAGGAUUAAAAAUGAACUUAAGCAGGCCUUGCCUCCGUCAAGCCAAAUAUCAUUACCAUCAUUAAUAUCAAAUCAACCGCCAAAACUAAAAGGCUACUUAUUGAAGUGGACAAACUAUGCUGGAGCUUCCAUACUCCUUGUCUCAUCAGAUGAUGCCGGCAGUUCAUGUCGUGGAUCAAUUAAUAUGCGAUUUGCGGAGAUCAUCAUAGACAAAUCAGACCCUCAUAGAUUUGAGAUAAUAGGAAAAGGAUCAGUGAGAUACCAUUUACGGGCUACCCAUCCUAACGAAGCAAAAAAAUGGAUAACUGCGCUCACGCAUUCAACUAUGCAAUUCGCGAAGGGUGAAAAGACCAGUCGAUCGAGCACUGCGGAUGAUUCGGCCAAUGGUGAACCAUCACGACAGGGUCGAAGCAAAGUUAAUGUAAUGUCCACUCAAAAUUCGGAGUCAACUAAAGAUUAUUCUGACAGGGAUAGAUCGAGAUCAUCUUCUGAUGAUUCUGUGGAGAUAGACGGCGCACCACACGAGGAUAAUUAUCAAAUGACAAUAAGUAACGUGAGAGUUCAACUGGAUCUCCAAAAUCAGUUGUUGGAUUCACUGUUGUCAUUGGUGCCUAACAUACCAUUACCAAAUUCCAAGGAGUCUACGACUGUAGAAUUAUUUGGUAAAUCCCUCAAAAUACUACAAUCCCUGGUUGAUGAUGUGCUUCGAAUGUCCGAAGAACGGGAUUCUUAUUGGCACGAGAAACUAGAAAAGGAAUUGAAGACAAAACGACUGUGGGAAGAUAGCAUGCGGGAAUUGGUUAUAGAACAGGCCGAGAUGGAAGAAGAGAUUAAACAUAACAUGAUGGAACAAAAGAUGCGAAAAAAACAACUGAAAGCUGCUGUUGCUGAAGGACAGAUCUCACCAUCGAGCCCACUGUUGAGUGCUCUCUCGGAAACUUUUGAACACGUGUCAAAUAAAUCAGAGGAUUUUACAUCUAUCUCUCAUAGUAGGGGUGCUACAGAAAUCAGUAAUCUACGACUGUCGUUAGAACGAUCCAACACCAUAGCAUCAACCCUGGCGGAUGAAUAUGACUCUGACGAUGAAUUCUAUGAUGCUAUUGACGAAAGAUCAGUAAAUGAAGAAAAGACACAGCUUGAUAGUAGUGGACAAAAGUUGGAUAGCACAAGUGAAGGUAAAGGUGAUGUAGUAAUACCGUAUAUUUCCAGUUCAUAUUUUGGAUAUCCGGAGGAGAUAAGAGAUCAGUUGCCACUUGACCAAAAAUCCUUACGUCCCGAAGUAUCCCUAUGGUCAAUACUAAAGAAUUCGAUAGGUAAGGAUUUGAGCAAGAUUACGUUGCCGGUGUACUUUAAUGAACCGACAUCGAUGUUACAACGGAUGGCCGAAGAUAUGGAGUAUAGUGAGCUGUUGGACAUUGCCGCACGACAAAAAUGCAGUACCGAGCGGAUCUUGUAUGUUGCAGCAUUCGCGAUGAGCAAUUAUUCGAGUACAGUAGGACGAAUUGCGAAACCUUUUAAUCCCUUGUUGGGGGAGACUUAUGAAUAUGUAAGACCCGACAAAGCGUUCCGGUAUAUCUCGGAACAAGUUAGUCAUCAUCCUCCCAUAAGUGCCUGUUAUUGUGAAUCGCCAAAUUAUGAUUUCUUCGCCGAAGUUGAUGUAAAAUCGAAAUUCUGGGGCAAAUCAUUUGAAGUUCUACCGCAGGGUGUAUCUCAUGUAAACCUUAAAAUCCCCAAAGAUCGUUGGCCGAACGAUGCAAAUGGAUCACCGGAAGAAUUUAUAGCCCAAGGGAAUCCCGGUGCAUUUUCUGAACACUAUUCAUGGAAAAAGGUGACCACCUGUGUCAAUAACCUAAUAGUUGGUACACCGUGGAUAGAUCAUUAUGGCGAUAUGGUGAUCAUAAAUCAUAUAACGGGUGACAAAUGCGUGCUAACAUUCAAGGCUCGAGGAUGGCGGGGAAAAGAUGCAUUUGAAAUACGGGGAUAUGUUAAAGAUUCUAAUGAUAAGGAGAUAUGGGAAAUUGCCGGACGAUGGAAUGAACGUUUAGUGGCGAGAAGAAGUAACGCCAGUUUACUUUCGUCAUCACAGGAGGAUGAUCUGGGUAGUGAUAAGGCGGCGUUAAAUGCCACAUCCACAAGUGAUGAUGUGCUACCGUCACCAUCACCUUCAAAUUCAAUGCAAGUUAAUCGAAGACCCAUAUAUUUAUUGUGGAAACGAAAUCCGUUACCGGAAGAACCAAUUCCUUUCAACUUGACGCCAUUCUCAAUAACGCUGAACGACCUUCCCGAUUCUCUGAUAAACUGGGUGGCACCCACGGAUAGCAGAUUGAGGCCAGACCAACGAGCCAUGGAAAAUGGAUCAUAUGAUCUUGCAAGCUCGGAAAAGGUACGAUUGGAAGAGAAACAACGCGAGAAACGAAAAAAUCGCGAACGUGGAUUGAGUGAAGAUCACAUGCCACGAUGGUUCCGAAGGACAAUUGAGCCCGAUACUGGGGAAAAAUAUUGGGAGUUUAACCAUGAGUAUUGGAAAGAACGAGAACGAGCUGGUAAAGAGAAGAUGGAAGGUAGUGAAGGACGGUGGAAUAUUGAGGAUGAUGAUAUCUUUUGA